UUCUCAAGGAAUCCCAUCAAUUCCAUAAGGAAGUAUGGAUAAUUCCAUUUGAGUUUCAGGAUAACAGCAGAUGAUACUUUAAAGGAAAUGAGAACAUAAAAAAUUUAAGAGAUUCAUACAGGAAACAUGAGCUGGAGCCACACGCAAGGCACUGCAGUGGCUGGAAUCUGAAACAAGCCAACUGCUGAAGAAAUUCAGAAGUUCGAGCAGCAUCUGUAGGGGACAAGGAAUUGUCAACGUUUCAUCAAAACCCUGAAUCCAGAGGAUGAGCCAGCAGGUCCUCUGCUGAAAGAAAAUGGGCACUCCACAGAAACUUACCAGCCGCCCUCACUCCCAGUCUGCCUCCAUCGCGGUCUCACUUGCUGUGGCACCCAGGGACAAUGCCUCACUCCCAGGGAUGCAGAAUGAUAAUUGCUCAUCUGCUGAGGUCUCCACCAAUGAGCAACAGCCUGUGCUGAGUGAAGUCUUCCUUCUACCCAGCAAGGAAGAUCCAAAACGGCAGAAGAAGCCGGAGGCGGAGACCAUGGCUGCAGCUGCCGUCACUACCCUUGCUGGUGAUGUGACAGAAACUAUGAUCUCUGGUGGUCCAGGGACCCCACAGGAGGAAUCUGACCUAACUCCAGAGAACCACAGCAUCGAAAGUGAAUCGAGGUCACCUGAGGAUGAACAAGUCAGAGACAGUGAUGAGAGUGGAGAAGACAGUGCUCCUGAGGAACCACUCAACAACUCCAUGGAUGAGGUGUCGAUUUUGAAACGGUUGGGCCUCUUCAAGAGGGAAUUCUGCACUGAGAAAGAAGUAGAGUCAGCGUUCAUACACCUGUCUCUGGCUUUCAAAUCCGACAUGUUCACAUUGAAACAAAGGCUCCAGGUGGAGGAACAUGCCCGAGAUGUGGCUGAAGAGAACGUCCACAAGGAGCUCGAGGAAUGCAAGGAAACAUUGAAGAAACUAGAAGCAGUUUGCAUGGAUGGACGACGGCAAAAGUUUCUGAAAGAGCUGGAGAAGUACCUUCAGGUCCUGGAGGCCUCCAUCACCCGGGUGACCAGCCAUGCCGAGCUACUGGGUGCAUUGCACCAGGAGGCCCGAGUGAGCCAGGGAAUGCAGGUGAUGAUCCGACACGUGGAGAACCUGAAAUGCUUACACGCCAAGGAACACGCAGAGCUGCAGGAGAUGAGGCGGACCAUCCAGCAGAAUGCCAGGAACAGGCAGUUCGGAGAAGUGAGAGAUGAUGCUGACUUCCAAAAUAAGCCCCAAAUGAUGAGAGCGAUACAUCAGAGUACAGUCCGCAGAAGAGUGAGCAUCGCUGUUAUCCCAAAGCAACUCAUGAUUUUCCAUUGUCCAGACUCCAAAGUAGCUGAUGGAGAAGAGCACAGAACAGACUUUAGCUCAUCACGACUCUCUGGGGAGAACAGGCAAUCAUCUGACAGUAAACUGCAGGAUCUUCAGAAAGACUUUCCCGAGAACCACAUUCUGCACACGGCCUCUGAUCUUCCCUCCCCAACAUCACUUUCUGAAAGCAGUCAGACAGACGGCGAAGGCACCAUUGUGAACAAGUCACAAAAAAGGAGGUUGGAAGACGUAACAAGCAGCAAAUCAAUAAGAUCAGGAGAAGCCUCUGCUCCUUUAACAGACACUUCAGAAUGCUCCCUUGAGAAAUGCAAUCAGGAAGAAAACACUGGUUUUGCAACAGAAGACAAGGCAUUAAAACCUGAUGUGAAUGAGAGUGAAUCAGAGAAGGGUGGAGAGGAGCCCUCUCCAGACACGGCAAGCAAGGGGUCAUUGAUGUUGGAAUGCCUCCCUACUUCAACAGACUUCACCUUCCAAAGGGCACUUGCCUUUGCUGCAGUCACCCUCAUCUCUGCGUGGCUGCUGCACCUACUUUAUUCCUGGAUCUGACUUUGAGUGAGGAGGAGUGUUACGUACCUGUGAACAAAUGCAACACCAGGUCGGAAGAGACGCUGCGGAGAAGUUCCCAGUGGAGAUCCCACUUCACAGAACAGAAAAAAAAGUCUACAGAUUCUAAAGCUUGCAAGAUUUAGUGACGUUGUUGACAUAUGAAAAAUUGCAAAUCACGUUAAACCCCUGAGAGGGACUAGGCCUUAUUUCGCUAUUGUACGGAUUUUAAUCUUUUGGAUUAACAGAACACUUACAAACUCAAAGUACUCAGUAUUGGUUUCAAGCACUAUCUAAUCCAGGGGUUCCCAACCCAGAAUUCACGGACCCCUCGGUUAACGGUAAGGCUGCAUGGCAUAAUAAAAGGCUGGGAACCUCUUAUCUAAUUAAAUAAGGAAGAGUUAAAGUUUCCUCAGCAUUAUUCAAGCAACGUGGGCAAGAGUAGCUCCACUAACUGGGAAUAGAUUUAGCAGAAGUAUUAAUCAAAGACUUUGCAUUUCUUUUUUAGCAAGAAACCGAAUAUGUUCCAAAGUUAUGUAAAAAUAAAGUUGUUAGUUUAAUGGAUUAGUUAAGUAUAAGGAAAAUGUAUGAAAAAGGUUAAUAGUUCUCAAAGCAGGUAAUUUAUCUGGUUAAGAUGGUAUUCAACAAGACAGGAAGGAUAAUCAGGAGACACAGCAGAAGUUCUCCCCACAGUAUUCAAAUUCUCCUUCGAUUCAUGUAGAUGUCAAAGGAUUAGAGGAUUGCUAAUGUUGUACGCUUCUUCCAAACAAGAACAAAGUAUAAAGCUGCACUUUAAUCUCUGAGUAAAAAUAUUUCAGGAAAUCUUAAGUGUUCAUACCAAAUAAAGAGCAAAGAGAUUUUUUCAAUAAAUGGUAUCUGUUACUCUGGUUGAGGCUUUUGAUGGAGAAGCUAUGUGAACGUCGUAUGUAUGUGAUUUUUAAAAGGCUUUUGAUAAAGUAUUUACAAGUUGGGGUUUUUUGGCAAGGGGGAGAAUAAACAUCAGCAAUGGCAAGGAUAAAAGAUUAAUGAAGGGAAAUAAAUAAUGGUGGACAGGAGAAAUGCUAACAUUUACAGUACGGAGCAAUUUCUUAUAUGGUUUCAGAUGGUAUGGUCUCCACAGAGCCCUGAUCUCCGCAUCAUUGAGGUUGUCCUGGAUUACCUGGAGAAACAGAAGGAACUUGCCAGUGGAUUUCUUAUAAAAACUGCACAACAGUGUAU